AUGAAUGAAGGCUCGUCUUCGGCAGCACAUGAGGGAGAGAUCGCUUGGUUUCAUGCAGGCACUGAUUUGUCACGCUCACAUGCUCUUGACAUCUGCGCCGAGCUGGUUGGGCAUGUGACACACACGGAGAAAAAGCUCGUCCUUGACGCUUUCCAAAGCUCUCUUGCUGUGCCUUGGUGCAUCUCCAACCAAUAUUACCAGGCCCAUGUUCAUCACGUAUAUUUAGAAGAGUUCAAUCAAAUAGGAGGCCGACCAGCUGUUGUUCUUCUUGUUCGGCAUGAUAUGAGCCAGGAUGCUCAUCAACAGGUCCUUGAUCGCUUACGAAGCGAACAAGAAGUGGACGUGGCACUGGUUCUGGGAGUGCGAAUGGACAACGAAACACCAGGAGGAAGCAAAGAGGUCUUAUCGGGACCAGAUGUUGAUGAACUGGAUGCAAUGUAUGGCUCAACAGGCUGGGAGUACAUGGAGUUGAUACCUGACGCGCCCAAGCGAAUAUCCGAGGCACUCAUGGCUCAUUCCUCAUGGCCCGGUAUGCAGCUGACUGAGAAGGGCACUUCCAAAGGCGGGGAUGAAAACGAAGAUGAAAUGGGUGAGUUCCAGACGUUUCAGGACCCGUUUUUGGCUGCAGUGAGGGAUGCUAGUGACAAUACCGAAGACGAUCCACUCAUGGAGAUGUUCGAACAAAUACACACAAAAUUGGACUACGUCAAAUCACUACCCUACGGCCCAGCUAGAGAAAGAGAAGCUGCACGAGUAGCGCUGGCUUUCCAACGAUCUGUACCAUAG